AUGCGUUCUUCUCUCAGCAUUGCCUGCGGACUCGCAUUCGCUGCCAUUGCCUCUGCUAUUCCUACAAUCUCGGUCAAGGGUAGCAAGUUCUUUACCAGCGAUGGCAACCAAUACUUUGUCAGAGGUAUCGCUUACCAGCUUGUUCCCGAGGAUCCGCUCAUCGACAACAACCAAUGCCAAUUGGAUGCUUCUUUGAUGAAGACUCUGGGUGCUAACGCUAUCCGUGUUUACCACGUGGACCCCACUGCCGAUCACCAGGACUGUAUGAAGACUUUCGCCGACGCUGGAAUUUACCUUUUCGUCGACCUCGACACUUUCACUACUCAAAUUGAGCAGACCUCUCCUCAAUGGAACCAAUCGCAGUACGAUGCAUUUGCAAAGGUCAUGGACGAGUUCCAGCAGUUCGACAACACCGCCGGUUUCUUCGUUGGCAACGAAGUUCUCACCACUGGAAACGGAUCUGUUGCUGCUCCCUAUGUCAAGGCUGCUGCUCGCGACAUGAAGGCCUACCGUAACAGCAAGAACUACCGCAACAUCCCUGUCGGUUACUCUGCUGCAGACAUCUCUUCUCUUCGUCCUAACCUUCAAAACUACCUUGCUUGCGGUACCAACUCUUCCGAUGCUCUGGACUUCUUCUCCCUCAACGCCUAUGAAUGGUGUGGAGCUUCGAGUUAUGAGGUGUCUGGUUACGAACAAUUGACCCAAAACAUUACGGAAUACAACAUUCCCAUCUUCUUCUCCGAAGUUGGCUGCAACACUCCCAAGCCUAGAACCUUUGACGACCAGGCUGCCAUCUUUGGUCCCGAGAUGUCACCCUACUGGAGCGGUGUCAUGAUCUACGAGUGGAUUCAGGAGGCCAACGAUUACGGUAUUAUCCAAUACGGCACCAAGACUGACCCUACCGCAACCAACGCCCCUGAUGGAUACACCCGUACCGGAACUCCUACUCCCAUCUCGCCCGACUUCUACAACCUGAGCAACCAGUGGAAGACUCUCACUCCCAGCGGUGUCUCCGAGUCUGCUUACUCUCCCAGCAACUCGGCCCCCGAGUGCCCUGCCUACACUUCUGGUGCUUGGGAGGUCAGCGGUAAUGUGGCUCUUCCCACCAUUGGCCAGACUUACGAUGCUCAAGUCACAAGCUCGGCCACCGCUACUUCAGGCGCCACUGGCACCCAGACUGGCAGCGGCAGUCGUAGCACUGGUUCCAGCACCGGUAGCAGCACUGGAGCUGCUGCCUCGGCCAGUCAGACCGGUAUGGCUAGCCCCAGCAGACAGAUCGCUGGCAUGAGCGUUGGUCUGGUUUCCGUCAUGCUUGGUUUCAUCUGGUGGUUGUAG